AUAAAUGCCCACCAUUGUUUUCUGAAGUCGAAAGAUUGGGUUUUUUCUCAAAAGACAGUGUUUGUCCAAUCUGUGAUAGGACCCUCCUGGCCUCCUGUUUCUCUAAUGGAGAUUGCUAAUAUGCGGAGUUUAGCAGAACUGGGAAUGGAGGAUUCUGCAUAUCUGCAGCACUGGCCAAUAUGCUCUCUGGAUGAACUCAGCGCAAUACCCGUGUCUGCAACGUUUAACAACAGCCUGAAUCCGCCAUUUUCUCAGCUUCAUCAUCAGCCAAUCUAUGGCGUGAAACGGCCACUGGAAUUAUCUCAGGCGUGUGAAGAAGACGCUGCAAUGAAGCAUCCCAGGACUAACAGCUGGAGUUCAAGUGAGAAUGAUCAAGCAUUCAGCUCACAAUCUGUUCAUCAGAGUUUUCACGUUGUGAACUCAGAUUACACCAACCAAAUCAGAACCAGAAGGCCUAAAGAAGAAACAAUCUCUCAUCCCAGUGCCAUAACUUUCCAUGCUGAUCAUCAUCACAUUCUUUCUCAAGAUCCCUUUGUGAACCAAAAUUUCGUGUUCAAGGCCAGCCAGGGAGCCAAGAAGAUCAGCAAUACUGCUCAGGAUCACAUAAUUGCAGAACGAAAACGGCGCGAAAAGCUCAGCCAGAGAUUCAUUGCUCUCUCUGCUCUAGUCCCAGGACUCAAAAAGAUGGACAAGGCGUCAGUUCUUGGGGAUGCAAUAAAGCACUUGAAACAGCUGCAAGAGAGAGUGAAGAUACUGGAAGAGCAGACAAGGAAGAAGUCUGCACAGUCGGUAGUUUUUGUCAAGAAAUAUGAGGUUUUAGCAGAUGCUGAGAAUUCUUCCUCGGAUGAAAACCUGUCUGGCAUCGACGAGUUGCUCCCGGAGAUCGAAGUAAGGAUCUCUGAUAAAGAUGUUCUGGUUAGAGUCCACUGUGAAAAGAGCAAAGGGGUUGUUGAUAGAACAGUUGCUGAACUGGAAAAGCUCCAUCUCUCUGUCACCAAUAGCACUGCCAUGUCUUUUGGCAGUUCUGCCCUUGAUAUUACCAUAAUAGCUCAGAUGGAUGAGAAAUUCCCAAUGACAGUGAAGGAUAUUGUGAUGAACUUAAGGUCAGCUCUCAAGAUGCAGCCACUCUGAAUUUUCAGAAACCUUAAAAAUAUCGAGAAUAAACGAGUCUAGGAAUCUUGCCUAAACUCGGGCAUGCAUGCAUGCAUGCAUAUAUACUUUCGGAUCAUACGAGGUUUAAUAUUAAGGCCUGUUUGCCAAGCACCCUUUUGGAACCAUCUGCCCAUAUAUGAAGCUUAUUGUUUGCUGUGAGGUUCAUUUUGUAGGAGGGUUUUUUUGUCAAAUUUUUUUUCAUGGUCUAUUCAUUGACCAUGUUACCCUACCCUCCUGUUGUAAAGAGACUUCAUGGCUUUUGUGGGCUUUUUCUUCUGAAUUUUUUUGGGGGAGGUUUGAGGAUAUCAAACCAAACCUUGUGGUCAAAAAGGAGAUUUUAGGUUUUUUGGGGACUGAAUUGGCAAACAGGGUGUUGUACCAGUAUCAAAUAGUGUGUUUUAGAGGACCAUUUGAGGGGUCCUCUUUUCUUUGUCUAUGUAAUGUUAUAAUUGCAAUAUUGUUAAUUUGGUUGUGACCUCGUAAUGCCCCAAUAUUUAGAAAUUUCUUCACUUUCA